CCUUACGUGCAGUGUACUCUAUCUUUUGUCAAUAUUAUUCGGUGAUCCGUGUAGAGUCUGCACACAGUAUGUGUUAAAUUUGUCAGCAUAUGGGAGCAAUUUAGUUCUUCGUUUGCAGUCAGUAUUAUAUCAUAGAAAUUAAAAAAUAACUCUGCUUGCCAUCAACUUUCGCGCUAGUUUCUUGCUUGGCUCAAUCUUCGACCCUGAAGAUGAGGCGACAUGUUACUCCGAAACGUCAGCUGAUUUUCAAUGGCGUUAGAUUCCAGAUUCUACGUAACCACCGCUGCGAGAAUCUCAAAUUUCAUAAAAUGUCGUACAGUGAAGACCAUCUUUAAAUAAUACUGUAAUCAGUGAUUAUACUCGUUUAUAUCUGAGGUCAUCUGUGUUACACAACGGAAGUGAAUUGUGGUGAACAGGGUGGGAUCGUUAGGAGAAGUAGUGUCUAACGAAGUCGUAGCUGCAUGUGGAUAGGAAUGGAAAAAUCGCAAAUAUAAUAUCAAGGACGAUUUUUUGUAUGUAAAAAUGUAUCCAAACAGGUGCAUUAGGUUCAGAAGACACAACUGGCCCUGCUAUAAUUCAUAUUUUUGUCAAAUAAUUCGUAAUUACGCCUUCAAGUCAGACCUUAAAAUAAAAUGGGUACGUCCACCAAAAAUUCCCUGUAUUAAACCAGAAAAGAGCGGAGAUUUGGCCUCACUUCCGCCAGUUGAUAAGAAACAAUAUCCACUGGAGUUCCAGAAUUCGGAGGAACUCAAAACAGCUGACAAACUUGUGAAGAGAGUAUUUUCUCUUGAAUUCUUUCCAAGAAGUCAUUCAAUGAGAAUUCUGAGUUAUGACAUGAUCAGCAGUGUCAGAAGACAUGCAUUAGAUGUGGGAUCUGCUGAAAGCAGGAUUGCACAAAUGACCGCAGCUAUACGAAAUCUGCAGCAAGUAAUGGAAGGAUUUCCGAGGGACAAGCGCUGCAAAGUUCAGCUUAAGGAGCUCAUUGAUCUUCGUAAGAAAUGGCUGAAGUAUCUGAGAUGUUGGGAUUACAAACGUUUUGAAUGGCUGUUGGAGAAACUUGAUUUGGUCUAUAAGCCACCGCCCAGUCACUUCCACUGGAUAACACGCAAGGAUUCACUUAGGAAACUUACAAACAAGCACUGUGCAGAGAUCAAGCAACAGAAGCUAGAUGCCUAUAAGGCUAGUUUAGAAGCACAGCAGAUGGACUUCCUACGAGAAAAAGCACAGAAAUUGCGCUGGAUUCGUAAGGAGGAAGAAGAGUGUGGGGUGGAGCCAACUGUCAGUGAAACAGACGUUGAACAAGUUCUCAAACAGUUAAGAGAACUUGAACUUGGUAAAGAAGAGAGACUAAAGGAUAAAGCAAAUUGAAGUAACUGGCAGUCAUUUGUAUUGUAUGUAUGACGGUGUAAUUUUGUGAGAAGUAAAGGCGAAUGAUAGUAUAUUCUA